AUGGAUAUAACGAAGUUCAUAAAUGCCAACGUUAACUCGCUUCGCUUGAAGUUGAACAACCAAGUAUUCCGAUAUGAAAGGUGGAACUUGAAUUUCGAAAAAAAGCUCAACACCGCAGCUUAUUAUGCAUUUGAGAACUUUCAAAAAACAUACUACAACCUGAACAUUCCUGAACCUAUGAUGGAUAUUAAAGAAUUUAGUGACAAUCCGCUUUUCGUUAUUGAUUGCGGUCAUCAGCCUGAUCAUCUCGAACUUUCAACUGUCGACAUAUCUUUGGAAUUUGAGACCAGGAAAUCUGCAUUUCUAUUCCACACCAAGGUGUAUGCAUUAGUUAUUCAUGACUCAGGCUUCAGUUACAAUGCUUUUGAUGGGUCUAUCCAAAAUGGACUCAUUCAUUCCUAUUAA